AUGUCUUCUCAACCACUGAUCUGGGUCAUCACUGGAGCGACCUCUGGCUUCGGUCUCGCUCUCUCUCUGCGCGCUUUGCGUACUGGUCACACCGUUUACUCGACUGUGCGGCGUCGCACAGGUGAUCGCUAUGCAGAUGCUGUCAAAACCAUCGAAGAAGCAGGCGGGAAAUGUGUUGAGCUGGACGUCAGCGACCUGGAUGCCAUCCCAAAGGCCAUUGAAAGCAUUUUGGGCGAGUGCGAUGGCAAGGUCGACGUGCUGGUGAACAACGCGGGUCUCAAAGAGACCAAGCACCAGAUGGACACCAACUUCUUCGGGCCCCUUAGCCUCAUCCAAGCCGUGAUCCCGUACAUGCGCGCCCGCCGCACUGGCACCAUUGUCAACAUUUCCAGCACGGCAGGGUUCUACGCGCUUCCCUCUUGCGGCCUCUACUCUGCAUCCAAGUUCGCGCUCGAAGGCCUCACCGAAUCCCUCGCCGCUGAGCUCACCCCAUUCGGAAUUGACGUGUUGCUCGUCGAGCCAGGGGCGUUUCGCACCAGUUUCCUCAAAUCCGGCGUGCGCACCGAGAAGGCCCUCAGCCCGGCCUACGCCGAGGCGGACCACCCCCUCGCGAAGACGUACGAACGGUUCAACCAAUACAAGGAACAAGGGCCGCCCGGCGACCCCGAGAAGGCCGCACGGGUAAUGUACGAAGUCAUUGUCGGGAAUACUCAGGGCGAGCAAAUUGGAGAGGCAGGUGAGCUGAAGGGCAAGGUGCUGCGCCUAUUGCUAGGGAGUGAUGCCGUCAGUCGAAUGGAAGGGAAAAUAGGAAGUUUGCAAAGUGAUCUGAAGACGAUGAGAAGCGUGGCGAUGGCAACGGAUGCGGAUGACGCAAGGAAAUUCGUCUUGUAG